CGUCAACAUUCUUCAGGUUAAUAACAAUCAAGACAAUCUCAAUGGGCAACGGCUAACGAUGCUGAGGGUCUGACAGUCAGCGGAGAGGAGGGAGAGGACUGUCUCUUCUGGUGUGGAAAUGAGAAGCGUCUGAGGCAGGCAGAGUUGAUAGGGGCUGGGCUGAUGACAGCAUCCUCCGCCGCUCAGUGGCUCCACACCUGACUGACUCCAUCAGAUGCACAGAUGAUGGAGCUCUCCGUGCUGCCGGGUUAUCCUGUUGCCACCAUUUCGCAUGCCCACUGCCGGACACAUAUUCUACAAAUGCCGAAAUAAUUACACUUGAAUUUUUUUUUCCUCCCCCGGGACUUUUCUUUUUUUCUUUUAAAUGCUGUAGCGUAUCAGUCAGUGGCUGCGGUGUGCGCUUUAAAUUGAUAGUGAAUGCUGAGGUCGGAUCGAGGUGCUCUUUGUUUUUCCUGGAAAAUCGAACAGGAGUGGACUGAUGCUGCGUCGCUACUAAACACCAGAUAUGGGUGUCAUUGAACCAAGGCUGCCAAUCGCGGUUCGUUCUUGGACCAGAUUUUGGUUUUUCUUAUGACAAAACAUCUGCCAAAUCUAGGUCCUAUAGCCUACAAGUUGCUACACUGAGCAGGCUUCAGUCAAGCAAACAAAUGGUCCAAUCAAUAGCCACUGGACAGAGUCUGCCAUAGGGAGGACAUCAAUAACACGCUAAUACACUUGACAUACACGCACACACACACACACACACACACACACACACACACACACACACACACACGCAUACGCCAUGGCGCUGGAGAACUCGGACUUCCCCUCCCGCCCGGACUCUCUCUCGCUCCCUGUGGAGGACAAGGGGGAAGGGGAAGAAGUGGAGGUGGCCACUGAGGCCAAAGCCUCCACCGGAGUCUUCAACCUAUCGGAGGAGCUGGGCCAUGUGGUCACUACAGAAACGGCACCGUCCCCUCCGCCCUUAGCCAAGGUCAAUAGGUCGUUCCAGGCCAAGCUGGCUGAGCGCGAGGCCACCGCCAAUCAGCCCAGGAAGAAGACUCAGGGGACAGAGAAGGAGAGGGGACGAUUUGGGUGGGUCCGGACUCGGCGUAAGAGACAGCGCUAUGUGGAGAAGAACGGUCGCUGCAAUGUGCAGCACGGUAACAUGCGGGAGACUUACCGCUACCUGACUGACAUCUUCACCACGCUGGUGGACCUCAACUGGCGCUGCUCGCUCUUUGUCUUUGUCAUGGCCUACGCUGUGACAUGGCUCUUCUUCGGGGCCAUCUGGUACCUCAUAGCCUACUGUAGGGGUGAUCUGGACCAUCUGGAGGAUGCCACGUGGACGCCGUGCGUCAACAACGUCAAUGGCUUCAUCUCGGCCUUCCUCUUCUCCAUCGAGACGGAGACCACCAUCGGCUACGGCCACCGCGUCAUCACCGACCAGUGUCCAGUGGGCACCAUGCUGCUGCUGCUCCAAGCUAUACUGGGCUCAAUGGUCAAUGCCUUCAUGGUCGGCUGUAUGUUUGUAAAGAUCUCACAGCCCAACAAAAGGGCAGAGACACUGGUGUUCUCCAAACAUGCCGUCAUCUCCCGGAGAGACGACAAGCUCUGUCUGAUGUUCAGGGUGGGCGACCUUCGGAGCUCCCACAUCGUGGGGGCCAACAUGAGGGCCAAGCUAAUCAAAUCCAAACAGACUCAGGAGGGGGAGUUCAUCCCGCUGGACCAGACAGACAUCAGCGUGGGCUUCGAGACAGGCGAUGAUCGGCUCUUCCUGGUCUCGCCGCUGGUGAUCUCCCAUGAGAUUGACGCACAUUCACCCUUCUGGGACAUGUCGCAGUCCCAGCUGGAGAAGGAGGACUUUGAGAUUGUGGUCAUCCUGGAGGGAAUGGUGGAGGCAACCGGGAUGACGUGCCAGGCGAGGAGCUCCUAUCUAGCGGAGGAGGUGUGCUGGGGUCACAGGUUCAGUCCGAUGAUGUCACUGGCAGAGGGCUUCUUUGACAUCGACUACGGAGCAUUUCACCACACGUUUGAGGUGGACACGCCCUCCUGCUCAGCACGAGAGCUCUCAUUGGCUGCAGCCAGACUCGACGCUCACCUCUACUGGUCCAUCUCCAGCAGGCUGGAUGAAGAGCCCACCCUGACCAACCAGGCGGCCAAGCAUCCGGACAGCGGCUCGGCCAGCAGCAAAGGAGGGGAGCCGACCUUCAUCGUCGGAGAGAUGACUGACAUCCAGGAGCAAACAGGACCGGGCGAGCUGAACGGCUGCAUCGCCACCGAUCAAUCCGAAUCAGAGGCCUAGAACAGAGAAUGUUUACAAAGACCUUCAGUAUAUCACCACCACACCACAAUUAGUGUUUGCAGACCUUUUCUUUCAAGGCAAAUGAGUAGUUUCAUUAGGUUCAGUUCCACACUAUAUGCCAUAUCAUAGGAGUUUAUUUCUUGAUGUUCUUGUCUUUUAUUUCUGUGUUGAUCUUUGUGAAGAUUCACAGUCAUCCAGGUCAUAGUUAUCCAAGGUGGGUUAAAAUCAAGGAAAACUUGACUUGGUUGAAAAUGCUUCAAGUGUCUUCAACCGUUGGGUAUGUUGAUCUUUGUUACAAGUGUAGUGUAUCUGUGAUAUCUCUUUUCGAUCUGUUGUGUUAGCUCCAAUCACCCUUGCCUAUAUCUACAUUUAAAUGACAAUACUGUGCUUUAGGCAGGGACAACAAUAGAACAUCCUGUGGACCAAGGCUAAAUGCUAAACAGAAAGAGGUCAUUUGUCUAAUUGGGCAAAAAGGUGACAAGGUGGUUUGUUUGUGCACAUUGUGGGAUUGUUCACGUUUAAAAUAGGUAAGGUGCCUAGACACAUUAGUUUCACCUGCGCAUGAAUAUCACUAGAUGAUAUUAAGGUAUAGGCUGAAAUUUUAGAAAUCUUAAAUUUCUUUAGAUGCAAAGAUUGUUCUAAGAUUUAUCAUAUAUCCAUCAGGUGUUAACAGAAAAGAACCAACACACAGCCUCUGGUAUAUUUGUCUUCUCUGGUAGAAACUUCAAACCAUCAUUUGGUGCUAGAAAAAUGUUUGAAAGCUGGUACCCGCCAUGGGUGGAAACGAUUUCUUAUCUUCUGGAGGCACCGAGUAUUAUGUUUGUUAAACAGUAACUUAUCACCAUGCUUAAAAAAAAAAGUGUUUUGCUGCUUUCUCUGGUUGAAAGUUUCCUGCCUGUUUAACCUCCGACCCAGCAUCACUGUUGGCUGUAGUCAUAAAUGUGCUCUGUUGCAUAUGUAACCCCAACAGAGCACACAUGUACAUCACUACAGCAAGGUGAGAAGUUAAGUCUCUGGAGAUCAGCAAAAACGAGAUUUUAAGUAAGUGUUUAGUUACUCUUUAAUAACACUAAUAUUAUUGCUGCUGAUGUUGCUAACUGCACUCACAUUAUGGUGAUUAGGGAUAUCUAUCUAAAACCUUUAACAUAGACACAGUUUAACACUUGAUCAUGUCUGUGGCUUUGUUUCACAUAUGUUCACGUAGCACAGGGAUUAUCUGUCUUUUGUCCCCAGCCAAGUAGAAAUUAAAAGCACAGCGUCCUGCUCAGUUCAACAAACUCCAAACUCCUGCUUCUGCUGCUGUGUAUAUAUGUGACCAUUUUUACUUGAUGUUUUUAAUAUGUAAUAUACCACAUCAAUCAGAAAUAAUAAACUACAGUAUAUUCCAGACCUCCUGUCUUAGAUUGCGUGAUAUUCUGGGGAGAGGCCACAUGCAAAAAAGUACUACUGCUGUACAUACUAAAGCUCUGAAACCUCUUUAGGAUCUUUAAUUCGGCCGUGUGAGAUUAUAUUUGGUAAAGAAAACAG